AUGGCUGGUGGACGUUAUCACGUUUGCAAGAAGUGUGGCCCGGCCAGUUGGAUCUUCGCGGCAAAGGUGCCCAAGUUCCCCAAGUGUCAGUGGUGUGGAACUAAGUGGCCAACGACCUGGUCCAAGCCGGAGCCGAAGCCCCGACCUCGCAAGCCUAAGCCCAACAAGGUUCACGACUGCUUGCGAAAGGUAUGGGAUACCCUUCCGGAAGAGGCCUGUGUGCAGCUGAAGGAAGCAGGGUUUGAAGCCCAGCCUGCUCGCACAGAGGAUGUGGACCUUGUUGCUCUCCUGCAGCAGCAUGUCGGAGACCUUCCCAAGGUCAUCGUGGAUGCCUUGCCGGCCACCCCAACCCCGGACCCUCGUCAGGAGGGCAAAGAGGCUGGGGAUGUUCUUCGCAGUUCGGUUGGCAAGCUCCGUGAUCUGGGUCAAAGGAAACUGAGACUGCAGGAGGAGAUCGACACAGCCAAGGACAACUUGCGAGCGAUGCUUCACAAGAUGCAGGACAUCCAGAAUGCCAUCGAAGAGGCAAAGGUGGAAGUCGCUAAGACCACCAAGGAAUAUGAAGACAAGGUGCUCAAGCAUUGCGCGGAAGAGGUCAACAAUGGGGUGGAAUCUGUCCUGCAGGCUUGGGGCAUGCUCUUACCGAAGAGCAGAAGAGGAAGCUGGAAGCUCUUAAGUCCGAUGAAGCCAAGCGCAGACGCAUGCAGGUCGAUCCAGGCCUUCCCCCGGGUCUACCACCGUCGCAGGCCUCGGUUCUGCCUGACCUAG